UGGAUCAUUUGUCCGGGAUCAUGCCGGGCUGAGCGUGUGGAAUCCGUGACAGCUUUUAGGAUGGCGGAUGGACGGGAUUGUGCGGCCGGUACCGCGGCGGCAGCAGCCGUCAUUGUAGGACUUUUAGGAGUACAGGAUGUGGCCUCAGUGACUGCUGCGGGGCUUCAGCUUCCUGAUCGCGGAGAGGAGCCGGUGCUGAAUGGGAGAUACGCGGAGGACAGUCCCCAGUCAGGGAGGAGCAGCAGGGAGAACUCAGGGGAAAGAAGCCGGGUGACAGGGAACCAGAGGACCACGGGCAUUAUGAAGGAUGGUUCCAGGCAGAAGCAAAAGAAAACUGUGUCCUUUAGCACAAUGCCAAACGACAGAAAGAUUAACAGCACAGCCGCUUGCAUCUCUUUUAUGAUGGAAGGAUGUGAGAUGAAGAAAGUACGGUCCAAUUCCAGGAUGUACAAUCGCUUCUUCCUCCUGGACCUUGAUAUGAGAUUUCUUCGGUGGGAACCUUCAAAAAAAGAUUCAGAAAAAGCCAAGUUAGAGAUUAAAUCCAUCCGUGAAGUACGUGUAGGAAAGAAGACUCCAGUCUUGCGAAGUAAUGGGCUAUCUGACCAGUUCCCAGAGGAAUGCGCAUUCUCCAUUAUUUAUGGAGAGAAUUAUGAGUCAUUGGAUCUUGUUGCCAGUUCAGCAGAUAUUGUUAAUACUUGGGUUAUGGGGCUUAGGUACCUUGUAUCUUAUGGAAAGCACACUCCGGCUGUGCCAGGGGCCAAUCAGACGAGUUUAAGAACACUCUGGAUUGUGUCUUUAUUUGAGAUUGCAGAUAUGGACAGGGAAGGGCAGAUCCCAUUGUCCAGGGCCAUCCAGCUCAUCAAGGGACUCAAUCCUGGAAUGAAGACCUCAACUGUUGAGUUGAAGUUUAAGGAACUUCAGAAAGUCAGCGACAAGUAUGGAAAUCAUAUUACUUGUGAUGUGUUUGUGGAAGCCUACUGUGAACUUUGCACCAGGCCUGAAGUUUUCUUUCUUCUAGUGCAAUUUUCUAGCAAUAAAGAGUACUUGGACUUAAAAGACCUCAUGAUAUUCAUGGAAGUAGAACAAGGUAUGGAAGAGGUCAACGAGAACACUUCCUUUGAAAUAAUUAAUAAGUAUGAACCCUCUAAGGAAGGUAGAGAUAAAGGCUACCUUACCAUUGAUGGUUUCACCCGUUAUCUCCUGUCAUCUGACUGUCACGUCUUUGACCCUCACCAUAAAAUGGUGUGCCAGGACAUGACAAAGCCAUUAUCUCACUAUUAUAUUAAUUCUGCUCACAGUGCAUGUCAGUUUGAGGACCAUUAUUGGGGUACAUCAGACAUUAGUGGGUACAUCCACGCAUUAAGGAUGGGAUGUCGGAGCAUAGAGCUUGUCGUGUGGGAUGGUCCUGAUAAUGAACCCCUUAUCUACCUUGGACUAUCUGUUGUAUCACAAGUAUCUUUUCGAAGCGUCAUUAGUGUCAUAGACAAAUAUGCAUUUGAGGCAUCCGAGUACCCUUUGAUCCUUUGCCUGGUAGUUCACUGUUCUGUCAGACAGCAGCGUCUUAUGGUUCAGUGCUUAAAAAAGAUUCUAGGGGACAAACUUUACAAGGACCCACCUUGCUAUGAACAAAAUUACUUGCCUUCCCCAGAACAACUCAAAGGCAAGAUUCUCAUAAAAGGGAAGAAGCUACCUCCAGAUAACUCUGAUUCUGAGGGUGAUGUUACAGAUGAAGAUGAAGGUAUGGAGAUAGCUAGAAGACUCGGACAUGAUGACAGAGAACAUCUUAAUGGAUCCGGGCACAGAAAACUGCGUCUCUGCAGAGAGCUCUCUGAUCAGGUAAACUUAUGCCAGUCUGCAAAGUUUAAGGACUUUGAAACAUCCAGGAGAAGCCAGAAGUACUGGCAAGUAUGCUCCUUCAAUGAGGUGACUGCCAGUCGCUUUGCUAAUGAACUCCCUGAAGAGUUUGUAAGGUAUAACAAGAGGUUCCUUUCUAGGGUGUACCCAAGCUCUAUGAGGAUAGAUGCAAGCAAUAUGAAUCCCCAGGAUUUCUGGAAGUGUGGCUGUCAAAUUGUGGCCAUGAACUAUGAGACUCCUGGUCUCAUGAUGGACCUGAAUACGGGAUGGUUUCGACAAAAUGGUAACUCUGGCUAUGUUCUUCGUCCGUCAAUCAUGAGAGAAGAGGUAUCUUAUUUCAGUGCCAAUGCUAAGGAUUCUUUACCAGGGGUCUCAGCUCAGUUACUUCACAUCAAGAUAAUCAGUGGACAGAACCUUCCCAAACCAAAAGGUUCCGGUGCCAAGGGAGAUGUGGUAGAGCCGUAUGUGUAUGUGGAGAUACACGGUAUUCCUGCAGACUGUGCAGAGCACAGGACAAAGACAGUGAUGCAAAAUGGAGACAAUCCAAUAUUCGAUGAGAGUUUUGAGUUCCACAUUAAUCUUCCAGAGUUAGCCAUCUUGCGAUUUGUAGUUCUAGAUGAUGACUACAUUGGAGAUGAGUUUAUAGCCCAGUAUACAAUCCCUUUCGAGUGCUUACAGACUGGUUUCAGACAUGUUCCCUUACAGUCUCUGACCGGGGAGUACAUGCAGAACACUACGUUAUUUGUCCACAUUGCCAUCACCAACCGGCGCGGUGGAGGGAAGGCACACAAGAGAGGGCUUUCUGUACGCAAGGGGAAGAAGGUUCGUGAAUACACAUCCACCAGGACAACAGGAAUAAAAGCUAUUGAUGAAGUAUUUAGGACAGCUACGCAAUCUUUACGAGAGGCCACUGAUCUCCGUGAAAACGUACAGAAUGCUCUGGUGUCUUUCAAGGAGCUGGUUGGCCUCACCCCAGCAGCUAACAUGAAACAAUGCAUUCUUACGUUGUCGGCCUGGCUGCUGAACAGCGAUAGUCCUCUUACAGUGACUCUCAACCUCCGCUCUCAGUACCCAUCGCUGGAGGCACAGGGUCCUGUACCUGAGCUCCUCAAGAAGGUUCUUAUCUCAUAUGAGGCGUUCAUACAAGCAAGUCGUACUCUAAUAGAGACUUCAGAUGUUGUUUACAGUAAAAUCAUUCAGGUACAAAAAGCAGGAAUGGGUUUCCAUGAGGAUCUCCACCGUAUAGGUGCCAAAGAAGGGUUAAAGGGUAGGAAACUACAGAAAGCCAUGGAAAGCUUUGCCUGGAACAUCACUGUGCUCAAGGGCCAGGCGGAUCUCCUCAGACACGCCAAGAAUGAAGCAAUGGAUCACGUGAGACAGAUACACCAUGCUGGCCAAUCCAGUGGCAUUGGUCGCGCCGGUUCUGGCUCCCCUUCUCUAGACAUCCUCAAGCCACGGAGGGCCCUGGAACCCAUCCCGGAGACAGACGCCGGCGGCAGCACCGGCGGCAGCACCGGCUCUUGAAAAUGCUUUUGCAUGGCAAUUUAGGAAUGAACUUAACUGUUGUCAUCUUAAACGGGUUGUUACAUAGAUCACGGCAUAGAGGGUAAUGUUACGAGUCAGUGGUUAAAUAUUAUCUGCCC